UCAUUAAAAAGCAUUCCACUUCCGGUAGCGUGACAACCUAGACAGUGACGGAAAAUCUUCCAUUUAAUUUGAUUUUAUUGGUAAAUUAUUUGAUUGAACAGAUUCUGAAAUCAUAUUCUGCACCGAAUCGAAACAAUGCCAUCAUUUAAUCAUGGUUUUAGAGCCGCGAAGCUCUUAAUUGGAGUUUCAAGUGGGGUUGCGUUUGGAGCAGCUGCAAUGAAAUAUUCCCAGCGAGAGCGAGAUGGAUUCCUCCCCACAGCUCUGGCGGCGUGGACUACCAAUCACAACCCAAGUGUCAGAUGGGAUUCCAACUGGGACAAGAGAGACCCAGAAAGCUUGAUAGAUCCAUCCAGGACUGAGGUUGACUCUAAGGAUCCAACAGCCAGACUGUCUGGAGCAAAACCAACAGCAACCAGGCAUCUGAUCCUCAUCAGACAUGGACAGUACAACACUGAUGGGAUCACUGAUGAUGUCAGGAUACUCACUGCAUUGGGACGGGAGCAAGCCGAAAUGACAGGAAAGCGACUGAAGGCUCUGAACCAUCCCUAUACUACCAUCAUCAACUCUACCAUGGCCAGAGCUAUAGAAACGGCAAACAUUAUCUGUGAACAGCUACCAGAUGUACCUCGUGAGUCAUGUGAGCUCCUGAGAGAGGGUGCACCAAUACCCCCUGAACCACCAGUAGGUCACUGGAAACCGGAAGUCAAGCAGUUCUAUGAGGAUGGAGCCCGGAUUGAGGCUGCAUUCAGGAAAUAUUUCCACCGAGCUGACCCUGAACAGACGAAGGAUAGCUUUGAGGUCAUUGUAUGCCAUGCCAACGUCAUUAGAUACUUUGUAUGCAGAGCAAUGCAGUUCCCGCCUGAGGCUUGGCUUCGCAUGAGUUUGUAUCACGGUAGUAUAACAUGGCUUUCACUGCGUCCCAGUGGGCGUGUCUCACUUAGAACGUUAGGUGAUGUAGGUUUCAUGCCAGCUAAUAAGGUCUCUGUUGCAUAACUAUCGUCCUUGCCAGGCCAACUAGUCUUUCAGGAGGAUAUAGAUAUUUUAAAAGCUCUAUCCCAGUUGGGUUGGAUCUAACAAUGUGAGUUACUGUACUGUAAAUGCAAAGCCACAUUGUGUUUUUUUUUAAAUGAUGAAUAUGAAACAAUGAAAUUCAACAUACAUUCAAUAUUUCGUCCUUGUUUGGGGAUGAAGACACAUCUGGGGCCCAUAACACAAAGGUUAGUAAUUAAUUGUACUUCAGUCAUGACAAUCAGUCUUACAAUCAUUCAUGAAGAUUUGUGUUGCUGCCUUUGCUGAUUGUGAAUCGAACUACCUUAAAGGCAGAGUCAUUAAGUUGAUUUGAACUAAAUAGAGAAGAAUCCGUUUCGAAUAGUACCAAGAAUUUCAUCAAAAUUUGAUGGAAAAUGUGCAGUUUUUGACAUUGUACAUGUGCUUAUUUUCAAAGCUGAAAGCAGAAAUAGUUGUAUUUGGUAUUCAUUGAAUGGCCAAUGUGUUGAUAAGCUUUAUUUAAACUGCUCCUAAAUUUGAAACAUCACACUGCAUUGAAAACGGCUUCUGAAAUCUAGCAUUCUAUAAAAGUACAGUCUGAAAUUCUUGCUUAGUUUGGAUUUAAACUCAAGUUGAUUUUUUAUAAUACAACCCAUGAGUCAAUGAGUAAAGCAAAAUACAUUGAAAGCCAUAACUUUCAAUGGAGAUUAAAUUUCAUUGUACUUGCAAAGAGAAUGCUCAUUUAGAUAUUAUU